AUGGUAUGGGUGACUCCCGAAUACUUGCUACUAGCCCAGCCAUUUUGGUAAGCUUUUCCGAUUUUUUCUUCAGAAAUGAGGUCUUUCAGGACUUGCGAGCUCUCCAACAAGUACUUCAAAUUGCAACGGAGAAAAGGACACGGAACUCGGGGAUUUUCUUCUUUGUUGGUUGCGACGAUUGAUUCAGUCUUCGACACAAGACCGCCGCCAUAUCGACUGAUUUACGACUUCGAUGAUGAAGAUCUUCAUGUUUCCAUUUGUAAUUUUCAGAGUAAAACAUAGAUUAAAUUAUUAAAUUUUAGUGUUGGCAGUAGCUGUUGAGAAGAAGGAAAUAAACGAACACUGGCGAUGGAUCGAGCAGAAUAUAAUGCCUGCUUCAGGUGAGUAUCACAGAAAAAGACCUGAAAAGGAACUUUUUUAGUGCCAUUUCAGUUACCAAAAUUUUUUUCAAGGAAUUUAGAGGUUCAGAAAAAGAAGGCGUAGAAUUUUUGAAAAAAAUGAAUUUCUUUUUUUGAAAAAAAUAUUUCUUUUUUUGAAAAAAAUAGAAUUUUUGAAAAAAAUAAAUUUCUUAAUAAGCGGAAAAAGAUUCUUAUUGAAAAAAAGAUCAGCAUUUUUUUAGCCACAGAAUGAACUUUAUUUUCCGAAUGCUGUAAGGAUUUUAAUAGAAAAAUAACCGUACUUUCUGGGUAUUUUCUGUGGCCAAAAAAAUUUCAAGGAAAUAGACAAUAAAGAAAAAAAUAAAUUCGCGGGUAAAACCGUCCCUACAAAGCCGAGAAAUUCACCUAUUCUUGACAGAUUUUAUGAAAAAAAGUACCUUAUUAGUGUCUUUUUCUGGGCUUUUUCUGUUGAAAAAAAGUCUCUUCAAAUGAAUAAAAAGGAUAAGAAAAAGGCCUGUUUUUCAGUCGAAAAAUCAUUAUUUUCAUUUUUAUUUUUAAGUAAUUCAGAUGAAUGUGCUUUUUACGACUUUAUUCUUCCUUAUAUGGGUCUCAAAGGCAUUGAAAAAGCUCAGAGUUCAAAAAAUGCUUAGAAGUGGUCCCUAGAGGAGUGAAGAUAGCUUUAGGUGCUUAUAGGUCAGGACCCCUAUAGUGUAACCCCUAUAGUGACUACCUCAAUUUUAGUCCUGUAGGGAGCACUGUUUUUACCCCUUUAGGGGCUGCUUUUUCCACAAUCUCUAGGGGCCACUCGGGCGUUUUUCAGUUUCUAAGUGAAAAGCAAUAAUUUUAACUUUUCCAGUGGAUUCAAUACAAUCGGAAAAGGAGAUCCGUCGCUUCGUAAUUUGCAAAAUUUCGGCCCUCGUUUCUCCAAACGAAGAAUUCGUUGCCCCGUAUAAUGGUAUAUUCAGUAUUUUUCAAAAUCAAUAUUUUUUUAUUGGUUUCCAGAAGACCUGGAUUCCGUUUCGACGAGGUCUUGUCUCGAAAAAUUCCAUAAGAUUUUCUCGAUUCCGCCAGAUGAGAAGCUUGUCAAUUGUGAGUUUACAUCUUUUAUUCCGUUUUUUUUUCGAUUUUCAAAUUAUUCACAAGCUUCCGAAAAAUCUGAAAAUUUUCAAUCGUAUUGCUUAUGAGUUUGAAAAAAACCAUUUUUACCAAUUUUUAAAGAUCCCUCUUUUUUAUCUGAGAAAAUACCGCUCUCUCUUAAUUUAGCAAAAAAAGUUCAGUACUGAGUUUUUUUCUAAUUUAUAAUUUUCAUCAAAAUAAAUUGCAGUAUAUGUUUCAUUUUCGUAAAAAUUUUGCAGAGUUCUGUACGAAAUUCGCAAAAUAAGCGGUUUCCAAAUUUACGACGCAGUUAGAAAGUUCCCCUAUAAGGACCACCUUACCAUUCUCUAUAGGACCCACUAAAGCUUCCAAAAGUGGUCACUUCAGAGUUUUACUUAGUGGCCACUCUAGCGGAGCACAUUAGUGCUUCUAAUACAUGUUUUAAUACCUAUUUUUGGUUAUUGAAUCUAAACAAAAAAAUUAAAAGGCCCCUAGAGGGACCACUUAAGAUUUAGGGGCUUAAGGAUAGGAUCCGAAACACAUGUAGAAAACAUCUAAAUUUUAGCCCUCUUCCGUCCACUUUAGGGGUUUUUUCCCUAACCCCUCUAGGAACCACUCUGGCUCUUUUAAGAGGAAGUCACUUCAAAAAUCAUUAUUUAAGAUUACAAAUGCUGUUACUGGAAAGGUCGGGUGCCGAAUCAAGGCGACAUGUUUCUCUCAGUGAAUUUCGUCUGUUUUUACUCUUUUUUGGUGGGAAACGAGACGAAAAUCAAGCUCAAAUGGACCGAUAUUGUGGUGAAUUCAUGAAUUCUUGUUGCAGUUUUCCAAAUUAUAAUGAUUUUCAGAAGCUAGAAAGGAAAUCUUCCGUUCUUUUCCCCCAAAACUUGGAAAUCGUCACCCGGGAAAACGUGAAACACACGUUUUCCAUGUUUCUCAACUUUGACGAAACCUUCAAAUUGGCGUCGCAACUGGCCAAUUUCGCCAUGAAACAGUGAGUUGCGGGAGAUAUUUUAGGAAAAUUUGACGAGGGGCAAAAGGAGUAGUAGGUAUUUAUUAAAAGAAAAUAAAGUAGAAUUUAGACCCCGAAUAUAUUUUUUUAAUUUCGCGCUUUGGAGCUUUACCAAAAGAAAAUUCUGGGAAAUUCAGUUUUUUUGGUUGAAAAAAACGAAAUUUCUGAGUAGCAGAAGAACGAAUAGAAGUACCUAUUGAAGAAAAAGCAGAAUUCAGAUUUUGAUUUUUUUAAAAUUAUUUUUCAUCCUUAAAAUUCUUUUUUUCUUUCUGUUAGAAUUCCUAUUCUGCUCUUCUAUUAAACAAAUGUUUUUGAAAACGUCUAAAAUCAAGUUUUGAAACAUUGAAUUUUGGUAGCCAAUCUCGAAAAAAACUCAUGGCAGAAAUUGAUAUUACGAAGUAGCAAAAGAAGAAUAGAAGUACUUAUUGAAGAAAAAGAAAAAAACAAAAUUCUGAUUCUUAAUCUUUUUAUUGGUAUAGUCAAUGUUUCCCGACUUGAAAGGCAAAGGAGGCGGGGCAAGGGGCAGGGACGCGUAGUGUGUGCGUACGCGGUUCUUGGCACGAGUUCAAUUCAAUUGUCGCCGACUAUCUAAAAAGCUCGGCAACCGCUCUUUUUCAAUGUUUUCUACUAAUUUUUGAUGCACACAUGAACAUUUAUUUGAUUUAUCUCAUAGCACUCAAGUAAUGUCAUGGAGAUUUUAUUUUUAUAAUAAUUAGCACCUGCGAUAAGAAUGAAAAAAAGCUUCAAAAAGUUAUUUUUUUCUGUAUAAGAAGUGAAUGAAAGACAGGACACAAAUGGUUGUCCAUAUUCACAAUAUUUACAAGGGAGGUUAUUUCGCUUUGCGGUUUUUGAUUCGUUACAAAUUUCCUCAAACAAUCUUGGAAUGUAGAGAUAAAGAAUCCCGAUCCCGCAAACUUCUAGUUUUUGAAAUAUCAUCUUUCAAAUUUGCAAAAUGACAUUCCGAAAUUUAAAAAUUAUCAUCUCGAAAUGUAGAAUUUGAGCCGGGUGGCGACUAUGAGAAGUCUUUGUUUCAACCUUCAAGAUUUUGUAGAAAAAGAAAAUGACCUCAUAAUUUGCCUUGUAGAGAGAAAAAAUGUUGAGGUUGGACCACGGGGAAAUUAGGAGGAUAAGUAGGAGAUCUCACUGGGUAUCUUUGAGAUUUCAUUAGUGACAAGAAUUAUGGAAAGGCAAAGAGGACUUUAAAGAACAGUUUAUAGAAAAGGUUGUUCUCAGUGACUUGCUGGUUUUUCUAUUGAUAAAUAGAUUUUUUGAUGGCCUUAUCAGUUCAUAACUUCGAAUUGGUUAAGAUUGAUCGAAGAGGAAGGAUUCUGCGAAGAUCCGGCCCUCCGUCGAAAAAUGCUGAUGGAAAGCGAGCAACGGCGGGCCAAAAAAACGAGCGCUUCGUUUUUGAAACGCGACUUGGAUGCUCGACAGAGGAGCGACAUCUACAGGUGCGUUCAUUAUUUUUGAAAAUCUGGAGAAAAUGAAGGAUUCUGAUGAAUUCACUCUUACUAUAAAGCUGUUGGUCGCGACUUGAAACGGCUCAUCCAAAAGGGCAUAAGAAAGCGGCGUAA